AAUCCUCCUUUGUCCGUUCUCGUCGUCGUCUUCUUCUUCUUCUUACCUCAGCUGGUAGUACAGCCCCAGGCAGCUUUCCCUUAGUCCUGUUCCCCACCUAAAUCUGAUCGAGUCGCUGAAUAAAGAAAUGGAGUCAUUCUGGUUCAACUGGCGAGCAAACAGUAGGUGGGGGGAAGGAGGAGGAAACGGACAGUGAUAGAUAAAGAAGAAGAGAGUCGGCAAAUGCGUUUGUGAUCUUAUCGAAAACAUCAUCCGUUAUUCCUGUCCCGCGGAAGAGAAGGGAGGAGGAGGAGUUGGGUUUUGGAUUCUGAGUCAUCAUCACAUGCGACUGUGUCUGUGAGGUGGGUAUCGAUCCAUAUCUUUGAUUCCAAGAAUCGACGGUCAAGGAAUGGGCAGGCAGAGAUCGCUGAGGAGUAAAGCAGCCCACUUUGUGUCUGAUCUCACCACCGUCUUCCUCAACCCCAUAUCCGAUAAACCCUCACCCAAGCCCCACGCUCCACGCCCUGAGAAUGUAACCAAUUCAAAAGAAGGUCAACUAGAACCGAUAGCGGAGGAUCAUCCCGAGGACUUUGUCGAUGGACCUGAUACUUCCUCUUUCUCUGCAUUCCUCUACUCUCUACUGUCAUCCUCUGAGCCUGGAGAUGAUUCAAAAACUAAGGAGCAAACUGAUGACCGAGUGGACCCAGGUGAAGCCUCCUCUGACGCAACAAUGAAGGGAGCUGCUGGCAGGAAGAGCUUGCUCUCUAGGGGAAGGCAAUCACUGGGUAGAGCCUUUACAAAGAUUGCUGGGUCUCGAAACCAAGAAAGGAGGAGCAAUUCUGAUGGGAAACUCGAUGACGGUGGUACUGAAGGCAAAUUUUCGGGAGUUGAGCUGGGGGAUCUGCAGAGUUCACAAGAAGCCGAAGCUGUGGCAACCCUCCCUGGCGUUUCUGAACCGUCAUUGCUACUUUCUGAAAAAUCGAGGAGCUUGCUUUAUGCUUCGCUUCCAGCGCUCGUCCAGGGCAGGAAAUGGUUAUUGUUGUACAGCACAUGGAGGCAUGGGAUCUCGCUUUCAACCCUCUAUAGAAGAAGCCUGCUUUGGCCCGGCCAAAGUUUGCUGGUUGUUGGAGACCGAAAAGGUGCGGUAUUUGGUGGCUUGGUCGAAGCACCCUUACGGCCAACUAACAAGAAGUAUCAGGGAACGAAUAGUACUUUCGUUUUCACUACUACAGCCGGUCAUCCAGAUAUAUUUCGUCCAACAGGUGCCAAUCGUUAUUACACUCUGUGCUCCACUGACUUCCUGGCAAUUGGUGGGGGUGGCCACUUUGCAAUCUACCUCGACGGCGAUCUAUUGACCGGCUCAAGUUCGAGAUCGGAAACAUAUGGGAAUCCUUGUCUCGCGCAUUCUCAGGACUUUGAAGUGAAGGAAGUCGAGUUGUGGGGGUUCGUGUAUGCUUCCAAGUACGAGGAGUUGCUUGCCUUAAGCCGAACGGAUGAACCCGGGAUUUGUCGAUGGUAGACUUAUAACACUAGUGAGGAUCUUUCAUAUAGAAUGCUAAGAGUUGAUGCUUUCUUCUCGUAUUCCUUUACCGAGCAAAGACAGUGGCAAAUUUCUGCCCAUUUUGGGGAAUGUUCGAAUUGCCACGUAAACAUGUACAUAUGUCUCUGUGUAUAGAUUAGAAUACUGAUGCCUGUGUUUAUGAGGGGGAAGAAAAGAUUUCUCAUGCCUAUGUGGUUUCCACCCAGUUUUAGUAUAGGGAAAAGUGUUCUGAUGCCCUAUGUAAUGAGUUGGACUACUGACUGAAGCAUCUAUUGCUGUUUGACAUUCCCUUUUCCUAAUCUCCUUUUAACGGUCA